AUGGGAGGCAUUGAGAGAAAGCUCUACUUUAGAGGGGAGACAAAAGCUGAGGAACACACAAACAAAGGUGCCAUUGAAGAACAAGGCUCGAACUCGCUCGACCAGGGCUUGAAGGAUAUAUUGGCCAACUCUUCGACGGGAAAGAACAAUGCCGGGUCAGGAGCUCCAGGUAACACCACGAAACCAAGUAAUCUACCGGGAUUUUCGUUUCAGGUCGGUAAGCAACGGGUUGAUGGAUCGGGCAAACGUCAUUUUGAAACCAAGUUUCUAGGGUCAUGGAAGUUGGUUUCUCAAAACUCUAUGGUCUCGGCUAUGCAUAUGAAUUUGUUGCCAAACAACAAGAUGAUCAUGUUUGAUGCUUCAGCAUUUCAUAUUUCACAAAUCAAGUUGCCCAAUGGUAAAUGUUUUGAUUUCAAAACCGACCAAGGUGCCGUUUUGCAAGAUUGUUGGGCUCAUGGUGUCGAGUUUGAUAUCGAAACAGCUAAAAUAAGACCGCUCACGAUGCCUACGGAUCCAUGGUGCUCGUCGGGAGGGCUCGACAUCGAAGGACGAUUGGUAAACACUGGCGGUUGGAACGACGGGACAAAAGCUGUUCGUUACAUAACUCCAUGUGAGACUUGCGACUGGACAGAAUACGCAACGGCAUUGGCACGUCCACGUUGGUAUGCAACUCAGGCCACCAUGCCGGACGGCGGUUUCAUCUUGGUCGGUGGUCGGAGAUCCUUCAGCCUUGAAUUUGUCCCCGCCGAAGGAAAAUCCAAUGCAAGGGAUAUCAAUUUGCCUUUCCUUGAUGAAACAACGGAUUUGGACGAAAACAAUCUCUAUCCAUUUGUUUUUCUUUCAACCGAUGGUAAUGUCUUUAUCUUUGCUAAUAGUCGCUCCAUCUUGUUUAACCCUAAGACUCGGACCGUCUUGCACGAGUAUCCGAUUUUGGACGGCGGUUCUCGAAACUACCCCGCGUCGGGAAUGUCGGCGCUCCUCCCUCUCAAACUUCAACCCGAGAAUUCCGAGGCAAUUCCAGCUGAGGUUAUCGUAUGUGGCGGAGCGAAACCGGAAGCUUACCGGUCGGCCGAGAAAAAGGACUUCAUGGAAGCAUUGAAAGACUGUAACCGUUUAGUAAUAACAAAUCCCAACGAUGUUUGGAAGAAGGAAAUGAUGCCAACUCCAAGAGUCAUGGGCGACAUGUUAAUUCUUCCAACCGGCGAUCUUUUGAUUCUCAACGGCGCCACUUCCGGCACCUCGGCGUGGAAUUUCGCUGAAGGCCCAAAUUUCACUCCCGUUCUCUAUAGUCCCGACAAGCCCUUAGGUCAACGAUUCAAACCACUCCUCGCCACCACCAUCCCAAGAAUGUACCACUCCUCGGCUGCCGUUCUCCCCGACGGCCAAAUCCUCGUCGCCGGCAGCAACACCAAUGCCGGCUACCUUUACGACGUCAAAUACCCGACAGAAUUGAGAGUCGAGAAAUUCUCUCCGCCGUACCUGGAUCCGUCAAACGCCGCUUUCCGGCCGGCGAUCGAUGAGGAGAGUUUGGAGCUGAGCUGGCAGUACGGAGGGGAAUUCAGUGUGAACUUCAAUUUGAAAGUUGACGGAGUAUUGGAUGAGGAGAAUGAUAUUAGGGUUUCAAUUUAUCCGCCGCCGUUCACGACGCACGGUUACUCGAUGAACCAGAGGCUUGUGGUGUUGUCAAUUAAGGAAGUGGCGGAGACUGGCGCCGGGGCUUACAAAGUGACUGUGGCGGCGCCGCCGUCCGGAAUCAUUGCACCGCCGGGGUUUUACAUGUUGUUUGUGGUUUAUCGAGGAAUUCCUAGCGUUGCAACAUGGAUUCAGAUUAAGUGAUUCGACUGAUUUGAUUUUAUUAACGUUAUUAUUAAUUCUCAUUGAGAUUGUAAUUCGGCUCCAUUUUGAUGGAACUUUGGUGGUGGAUAACCAUUUAAUUAUCCUUUUUCUCUUCUUGUAUAUUU